CUGGGAGGCCUCAGAUGGUGUUGAGCUGUGGAGGGGUGUAUACGUCGCGCGCCUCGUCCGCCUCCUGCUUCUCUAAACGCAACAACUCCUCAUUUUUGGGAGCCUCCGGAUGAGUCUGUGAGCGAGGUGCGCACGCGGCCACGGGAUACAUGCGUGUGUGUGCUGGAAAUAACUUUUUAAAGUGAUUGCGGCCAAGUUUUAAGUUGUGAAAGUCUGCCGGAAAGUGAUUUUCUGUGCAUUAGUGUUUACGGUAACGGCACACACCUGGCUGGGGCCAGUUGUGUAAAGUGUGGCUGGUGUGUGUGUGUGUGUGGGGGUACCAUGGUGGCCGCCCCACCCACGGACCGUGCCCGUACCCACUCCUAAUGAUGCCCAGCAACUAUGAAUCCUGAUUAGCGCCCCUGAGAGGAAAAAAAAAGGAGAAAACCCCCCAAAUUUGGCCGGGUAGGCCUAGGCUGCCGAGGAUGUACGACGCUGCGACGGCUGCCAUUGUGGACGUGUGUGAGCCAGAGGAGCAGCAGCAUGGAGCAGACACGAGCACCGUGGAGCAGGUGUGGCAGCAGACCCAGCAGCUGAUGGAGCAGACCCAACACCUGGUCAAGCUCAUGACCCAUGUCUGCUCCCAGCAGCAGUCUGGGGUGCUCAGUACCCUCCCCUCCUCCUCUGAGUGCUCCCAGCAGCAGUCUGGGGUGCUCAGCACCCUCCCCUCCUCCUCUGAGUGCUCCCAGCAGCAGUCUGGGGUGCUCAGCACCCUCCCCUCCUCCUCUGAGUGCUCCCAGCAGCUGUCUGGGGUGCUCAGCACCCUCCCCUCCUCCUCUGAGUGCUCCCAGCAGCUGUCUGGGGUGCUCAGUACCCUCCCCUCCUCCACUGAGUGCUCCCAGCAUCAGUCUGGGGUGCUCAGUACCCUCCCCUCCUCCACUGAGUGCUCCCAGCAGCUGUCUGGGGUGCUCAGUACCCUCCCCUCCUCCACUGAGUGCUCCCAGCAUCAGUCUGGGGUGCUCAGUACCCUCCCCUCCUCCACUGAGUGCUCCCAGCAGCUGUCUGGGGUGCUCAGUACCCUCCCCUCCUCCACUGAGUGCUCCCAGCAUCAGUCUGGGGUGCUCAGUACCCUCCCCUCCUCCACUGAGUGCUCCCAGCAUCAGUCUGGGGUGCUCAGUACCCUCCCCUCCUCCACUGAGUGCUCCCAGCAGCUGUCUGGGGUGCUCAGUACCCUCCCCUCCUCCACUGAGUGCUCCCAUCAGCUGUCUGGGGAGCUCAGCACCCUACCCACCUCCUCUGAGUACUCCCAGCAGCAGUCUGAGGUGCUCAGCACCCUCCCCACCUCCUCUCAGUGCUCCCAGCAGCAGUCUGAGGUGCUCAGCACCCCCACCUCCUCUCAGUGCUCCCAGCAGCUCUCAGGAGUGCUCAGGACCCUCCCCACCUACGCACAGCAGCUCUCAGGAGUACUCAGGACCCUCGCCGCCUACUCACCAGGGUGUUGGCGAGGAUGCAGCGUGGCGGGAGCCGAGGGCGGGAGAGCGAAGCCUGCGCCGGAGGUGCACUGUGAGGGUUGUGCUGGGCCGUGCACGAGUCCGUACCUGACGGAGGAGCAGCAGCAGGUGACGUGUCGGUGGCGAGGGCCUGGCUGGAGGAGGUGGUGGUGGCGGCGGCGGCGGGGGGGCAGGUGCCAGAGUGGUGCUCACUCUCACCACCACCACAACUGUAAGACUAUGGACUUGCCAGGUUUGGUCCAGGACUGUGGGAGCAGUGCGGCGGGCCUGUCUCCCGACCCUACCACAACCACCACCACCACUACCACCACCACUACCACAACCACCACCACAACCACCACCACCCAUCAUCACUGUUGUCCGACGCCGACGCCGCCCUCCAUCACCAUCACCACCACUACCACCACCAGCACUACCACCACCACUACCACCACUGCCAGCAGCAGGGGCAGGAGCGGGGCGCCCACACUCUGGCCCAAAUGGAGGAGUGGGCCGCCCCCACACCCCUCAGUACUCACCAUACUCGUCCUCCUAGUCGCUACCUUAGCCAGGUUUACAGAGGGCUGCUCGUCGCGGUCGACGCCCAAGCCGCGGCCGCCAUCACCGACCAUGCGGCCCAACAUAACAUUCCAGACGUACGCCUGCCCCCCUGCCUACGCUGCCUGGUACUGCCUCAACGGCGCCACCUGCUUCACCGUCAAGAUCGGCGAGUCCAUCCUCUACAACUGCGAGUGUGCUGAGGGGUUCAUGGGUCAGCGGUGUGAGUUCAAGGACUUGGACGGGUCGUACCUUCCCGCGCGGGAGAGGGUGUUGCUGGAGACUGCGUCCAUUGCUGGUGGCGCCACCGUCGCCUGUGUCCUCGUGUUUAUGGUGCUCUUCGCCGUCUAUGUCUUCAUGCAGAAAGACAAAGACAAACGGAGUAGGGAGGUUGAUGAUGGAGGUAGCAACGACCGACAGCCAUUCUCAGGUUAUCAAAACCCACGGCCAGAAAUAAUCCGAACUAUCAGCAAUCCCUAUGCUCGCACCCUCGAGGAGCUGAGCCAUGUUGAAGUGCAACCAACCAAACCCGUUACCAAUGCAGAGAGCGACAAGGACAUGAACAGUAGCAGCACUGACAGCAGUGUCCAUAAGGCUCAGGAUCCUUCAUAGUGAAACUGAUAAUUUCAAUCAAUAUGCAUCUGUGGAUGCUAAACCACCAAGACCAUGCACACUGAAGCAGCAUUGUCAGGCCUUUUCUGUUGCACAUUGGCAUCCUUACUUAUCUUGGUGCUCACUAAGUACUCGGCCAACAUGGAUGUCUCACAUUGUAAGCCUAGGAGGGCUGAGUGACUGUAACUGCAUGCUUAUAGUUACAAUGGCCACCAAUUAGACAUGAAAGAAAUUGAGUAUCAACUUUAGUAUUUAGUAUGAAUGAUUUAUAUGUGGCCCAGUCUUUAAAUUUGUCUGGUUGAUGCUGAAUGUAACAUAUACUCAGUUGUCUCAAGUUGCCUGUUAUGCCGUCUUUUAGAUUCCCAGAGUAAUAUAUAAUAUUUUAGUGUGUACCAUGAAUAUGGUCUGCCUUGUGUACAUAUAGAUAAGUUUGUCUUGAAAGGUGCCUGUUUACACAUGCCCUCCAUAAUAUAGGCUUAAAAGGGUCACGUAUACCUAUAAUGAAUGUCCAGGGUGUCUAUGUUUACUCAGUUUGGCCCAGGAUUCAUAUUGUGAAACACUCAAUGCUUUAGAUUUACCCAUGAGUGUACGUGCAGAUGUGUCACAGCCGUCCAUGUGGUACUUAACUUAAUCCAGUUUGUAUGUGAAAUCCAAAGAAUAAGAACAUUAAUUUAUGUAGCUUUUUUCAUGCUUGUAUCUUCUGAGUAAAGAUGCAUAGUUUAUUUUCAUAGAUGUAUUCCUAUUUAUUUUCAUGCUGUGCUUGGAUAUUGUAUUACUGUACAUUCCCAGCUUAAGAGUUGCCCUUGUGUAAGGGUCUGGCAGGCAACUAGCCACAUAUUCCAGACAAUUCCAUUAGGUCCGUUCCAGUGCUGUCGACUCCAUAUUUAAUGGUCAGGAUUUAAAAAAAAAUAGUAACUCGUUAUUCAUCUCACAGCUCGUGUAUUAAAGUUUAAUAAUAAUUGGUCAGCGACCAUUAUGGUAAGAGUUGAUGGCACCACAGCCACUUAUGGUCUCAAAUGCUGGCAUUUGUGUUUCCUCAGCAGGUUGAUUAUUUCAGGGUACUUUCAAGAUUAAACUGCAACUCCUGUCCUUUCAAAAUUGUUGAUUUUAUUGGUCUUUCUUACAUAUACAGCCAGCAUGUCUUAGGCCCAGAAUAUUGUUGAUACCCCUUCAACACAAGGCAUCGUCAAAUGUUUAUCAUUAUUAAUGUUUAGCACUGCCAGCCUGCAAGCAUGUUACAUCAUUGCUUUGCACUAAGGAUAUCCAGUUUCAGGAUAGAAAAUUGUUAUGUACAUAUUGUAAAGAAGCAAAAUAAAACUAACAGAUGAAGUUAUCAGUGUGUUACUGAUGCCAUCCAAUAAGUAAUUUAUUCGUUUACUUAUGGUUUUGGCAUUAGAUAGCGAGGUGCUCUCCCAACCUGAUAUUGUUUAUUAUUUUGUGUUGGGAGGAGUGGCUGCUGGUGGUAACCUUGCCUGAAGGAGCAAUAUGCUGCUUAGCUUGUAACAUUUGUAUAUAAAACUAGCAAAUUAUUAGCUUAUUGCUGAUUAGCUUUUUGUGUAAGAUUUCUCUAUUUGUAAUUUUUUUGAUUAUUCCUGAUAUAGUAUUGAUUAUUUGAAAAAUAAUAAAUAAGAUUAAGGUCAUAAUUCACAAUGAUUGAGUCGCUUUGAGCACUGCUGCUCCAAUAUACCUCGCAAGUUGUUCUGGGUAUGAAGGUUAUAAUUUACCAAGUUUCUCUGCGUUGUCAAGGAAAUAUUGUUUAUAUUUUUCUUUCUAUAAUCAGGCACAAUACUCAAGUGCUUGUAACUAGUUCUGCUUUUUUUUCCCAUCUAGGAUGUACAAGGGAUGAGUUUUGAGGCUGUUUUCCUUUAUGCUCGGAGCAAUUUUAUUAGUAACAGUGCUUAAGGUGACUUGCAUUCUUUGGUCCACUUGUCACUCACAGGAACUACAUAUCAAUAUUUCCAACUGUUGGUAUUGGAGUCGAGUGUUUAUGGGCAAAACACUUGGCUUGUUAAGGUUCCUAUGAUGGUGUAUUGUAACUCUGGUUCUUUUUAGGUCUCAAUCUAUGGCAGCUUGUGCUCAGUAAGUCACAAAGGUCAUUUAUAUAGGAAAGUUGUUCCACCGAGGAAUAUUGUUCGUUUCCUGUAGCAUAUCCAGUGUUUACCUGCUUGUCAUUUAAUGUAAAACAAGUCUGUAAGCUUACAAUGUUAUCUUGCCUUUUACCCUGGUCAUAGAUUUUUAAUGGCUUCCAUAUUAAACCCAGAAGAUUAGCAAUCACCUGUGUAUUGAGAGGUUGUCCUGCACACUGUCCACGAACCGUACCUUGUGAGCAGUGCUGUACCGGUUGUCAGAGUCCCAGUAAGCACCCCUGCAUAAUUUGCAUUAGUAGAGCUUGUGUUUGUAGCAAACUAGGUAUAGUAAUUUAUAGUAAAAAAAGAUUGAGCCACAAAAUAGUAUUAACAUUCAGUAAAUGCAUAAGCCAUGUUGAAGGGAUAGGGGCCUUUGGUGUUGUCUAGCCUCACUACCUCUGAUAUGCCUUGCUAGUCCACAAAAUGCAGCUUUAACAUCGUAUACAGAUACUCAGUUGUGCAAAACGAUGCAGGCGGUGCACUUUAGCUGUCACAGUACCAAAUUUAUGUACCAUUUGUUCUUAGGGCAGGGAAACACUUUGGAAGCUGUAAUGCAAGUUGCAUCAUAAUUUUAGAUAAAGGUUAAUAUAUUCUUUAAUGCUUCCUCUAUGUAUACUUUAAUCCCAAAGUUUUAUGUACUGGAAAUCUUUAAAACAUUUGAUAUUUUGAAAUUAAUAGCCAUUUUCAUUCUCUUAUUGAUAUAGUAUUUAUUUUUUGAAAAUCCAACAACAUGGAUUUCGACCAAUUAUGUAAUGUGCUGUGGUACAUGAUUUGAAAGAUUUAAAAUAAAGGUUGUAUCUCCUCACCUGUACUACUUAGUUUAAUGUUUUAGGCCAGUACUGUGUUCUCACAGUAUGCUAGAUUACCGUUUGUGUCAGUGUAUUCCCACAGUGAUUAAAUUCCCACAUGUAGUCACAACAUAAAUUGCUGAAGUUCGUCAUGUAAUGUAAAGCAUUUCCUGCAGAAAAGUAAGGUUAAAUGUCCCAUUCAUAAAAAAAAUAAAAAUAAAAAAAAAUGGUUGCACAGGUGGAAAUGUUUAAAGAGCCACCAAUGACACUAGAAUUUCACAAUGGGGGAAGGGUUGAAUGAGAGUAAGACACUGCACACGGCAACAAUAACGGGCUGUUGUAUCUAUAUUAGACUCUCCUCCAACUUGUAAUACACUCACUCUUUAAGUCAUCAAUAGAGUACCCAGGUGCACUUGUGAAUUAAGUUACCAAUACUUUAUACUGUGCGGUACUUGAAAAGUAAUUUGUAUCCAACAGUCAUUAACGUUAAUGAAGUAAGUGAAAUAUAACAAUAGGCUUAGAGUAAUGCCUUUAGUGUCUUAAAAGUAACCUUGUAGGUUUUUAUUAUUGGUUAAUAAAAACUAGCCUCAAUCUGUUUCUGAUCAAAAAUAUUUUGAUUCCAGUUUGUUGCAGCUUGAUUAAUCAAAGGGACUUGGAAAUGAAUGAUAGCAGCUGAUUGUCUGUACAGGAAGAUGAUACAAUAUUGUUAUCCAGUGUAUUUUAUUUUAUCAAGUUACUGUCCAUAGAUGAAAUAAAGAAUUUGUUACAA